AUCACAGUGCCCCUCCAAACACCGACCAACGAAGUAGAACAUGAACCACUCAAACCCUAGCAUAGUCCAUAUUCACUGCCUCCCUUGAGCCACAACGACACGACCAGCCUGUGCAUUGUCCAUUUCUCACCUGAGGAUAUUCUAGAAACUCUUUCAACUUUCCAACGGGGUUUGCCGGAUUCUUCAGCGCUUGACUUCGUCAUUGUCAAUCCGAACAUCUAAUACCCCGCUCUCGCGAACUCCAACUCGACUUGAUAUUCAACAAAUUUCAACAUGGCUGGAGAUGAAGAGCACGAUGGCGCCACCGUCCAGGAAAUCCUGAUCGAAGCCUGCCGCCGUAACAACCUCGAUCUUCUCAACGACUGUCUCGAGGACAAGUCGGAUGCCGAGAUCUCAAAGCUCCUCAACGAGACCACAACUGUCAUGGGCAACCAUCUCUACCACGAAGCCGCCUCCCGCGGAAACUACGAAAUUAUCGACCACCUCCUCGACCAGCCCGAAUUCGAGUGCGACCCCAUUAACCGUUCAGAAGGCGACACACCUCUUCACAGCGCCAUUCGUUGGAUCAACUCAGAGCCGCCUGCACAGCGACCCUUCGGCAACGCCCUCGUCGAGAUGAUGCUUGAGGCCGGUUCCAGCACACGAGUCAAGAACAAGGCCCGUCUUACCCCCUACCAGCUUGUCGAUCCUACAAACACAGAACUCCGCGAAAUAAUUCAGAAGCAUGAGUAUGCGAACCAAAAUGCUGGAGACUUCAUUAAUGUCAACAACUCGGCGGGCCAUGGUGGAGCCGUGCUCGAUGUUCCCGACGACAGUGACGACGAUGCUGAGUUCAGUGGAAGCGAUGAAGAGGAGAGAGCUGAGUGGGAGAGGAGGCGGAAGGAGAGGCAGCGCAAAUAGACGCGCAGCAUGGCACGUUUGCACGAAUUCAGAUAUAGAGGUUGCUUCACAAUAAGACGAGGCAAAUCAGUUCAUGGGUGGAUAUAAAUCAUCAAAUCUCAGAGCGAUAGAACCUAAGUAGCUUACGCACAGGUGCAAGAAUAAGCAUUUCUCAUUUAAGGUUAUCGAAAAGGGGGUAUAAACGUUCUAAUCAGGUAUAUGGUGCGGUUUCUUCUCCAUCGUCUAUCGUUUCUUCAUACGGGCAUCAAAGGAGUAUACUUAAGAUCAGGAACCAGCCUGAAACCCAUAGAAAAAAGAGAACUACACAGCUCCAAUGGCCGGGUUUCGCAUAAGCCCCGUUGUAGCUUAUACUAGUAACCAAAUUGCAGUUGCCAAC